AACGAAGAACAAGACAGAGAACGGUGGCAACUGUGACUUUACAUUGGAAUAGUUGCUGGAAGAGUCGAGUAUAACAUUAAAUUUUUAAAAAAUGUCUAUCGUUGGCCAGAGAGUUUCUGAGUUACAGUUACAACCUGUAGUAUACGUGCAGCGUAUUGAAUCAUUCAGUGCUUGUCAUAGGUUACAUAGGUGUGUAUCCCAGGCGUAGUAACCGUCCGUAGUUAUAUUAUAUAAUUAUUAAUGAUUAAUGUCAGUAGGCCUAUAGAUAGUAAUAGUGAAUGUGAAACUUUGAUAUUAUAUUAAAUUAUUGUAUCAAAAUCAAAGUUUCACAAAGACAAAGAAAGAGUAUCAUAAUUAGGUCAUUAGACCAAAAAUGUAGCAAAUAUGGCGGCACUAAUAAAAUAUGAUAAUUAGCCAACCAAUAAUAAUUUAAAAUUAGCUUUAGUGAUUUAGAAGGUCUCACGCGCACCCAGUUUGCGCAUACAAAAAAAAUCAUGCAUUCGUCUCGGUGAUUAUCUCGUUUUUUUGCGCUCUGCGUCACAGUUUUCUAAUAAUAAACUAACUUGUCAUAUGUGACGUAGAGCACAUAAUUUUCAAAACAGGGUGAUACCAUUUUGGUAGCGUGAUAACAUGGAAUAUAUUGUGGCAAUAUAUUUAUCCUAGAGCCGGCAUGUACUUAAUAGGUUAUUACUUUUUAAUUUCUAAUUGUACCACAUUGAAUUUUAUCGUACCGCAGCUUGAUAAAUUCACCAAGAGGAAUAACUUUAUUUUGUUAAAAAUGGCCAUGCAUCUUAAAAGUUAUUCAUCAUUAAUCAAUUCCGUAACUAAAAUUAAUUAUCACCAGUUGUCUCCUCUCUUUAAAAAAUGGGUUGUCGGAAAUGGCUCUUCUCAUCAAUUUAAUAUAAAUUAUAAAAAUAUAAACGGUAAACGUAUUUUCGUUAUUGUUUAUCUUUAAAAUUCCGCUAAGCAUUAACCAAUUAAAUAAUGAUAAACAGUUUUAUCAUAUUCAUAUUAUUAGAAGUUAAUACAACCAAGACCAAAUAAUUUAAGAAGUUUCUUUAAAUUUUAGUUUUUGAAUUUCUGACAAGUUUAUUAGUCCCUCGAUAUACAAAUAACUAUACUAUGUAGUGAGUAGAGCAUCAAUUUACAUUAAAAAAUUGUGUGAGUUUAUUCAGUUAAAGUAAAUGUUUAAACAUUUUAACUGUUCUUUUGUUAUUGAACAAUAAUAUGAAUAAUAAUAUUAUUAUCCUCUCACUAGGGACAUUAAGCAAUAUAUUAAUAGAUACUUUGGUCAAAAAUGUAAACAUUUUUUAAAAAUCAACUAAUGGCACAGUUGAAUAGAGCUAAUUUUAAACAGAAUAAUAACACCAAAAUCAUAUUUUUAGCUGUUGUAGUUUUAAAGUUAUGAAUUUUUAAAGUACGACUUGUUUUGUCAUUUUUUAACAUGGACUGCAUCUCCACAUUCUGUGACCUCAUUCCACUGAUCGCGUCAUGCGCAAUGCCUAUAUAGUUUAUAUAAGGCAACGCAUUCCCUAUCGCUAAAAUACUGUUUAGGGUCGACUUAUUUUAAACUUUCAACUUUGGCACAUGAAUAAUUAAUAAAAGCUUUCCCUGACCAAUGGUUUAAUAGCUUUUGCACACUGCAAACUCUUAUGAAUGAAACUCUGAGAUAGUACUACGACGUAGCCGUUAUGCAAGUGGCUGUGAAUGGUUGCCAAUGACAACGUGUUGCACAGGGAAAAUUCUGAUCAUUUAUAAUAUGGACUCUACAGGGUUUUUAAAGCUCAAAUUAAAACAUUUCCAGUUUAAAUGUCUUCAAAAUGCAUUCUGAAACACAAAAUAUAAAAUAUUUUGAUGUAUAUAGUGGUAAUAAUUAAAUAUUUCCUAAGUAUCGGCAACUUCCGCCAUUAAAAAGGGGGCGUGGCCCACGCCAUGUCGAAAUUAGGCUGAGCCACCUUAUGGUGAUAUGGGUCACUGUGACAAGUGUAACAAACGUGAGACACGACCUACAUCAAUGAAACUUGGCACAGAUAUAGAUCAAUAUCUAAUGCUCAUACAGAUUUAAUCAAAAAGGACCUUAUCUUAUUAUUUCACAAAAAAUUUUGUAUGCGAAGAUGCCUUAUAUAUACCAAAGAUUUUCAAAAUAAAGGUCGAUUGAAAAAAGCAAAAUAGCUGGCUAGAAAUGUAGGCCAAGAUGUCUUCCUAAUUAUAAGGCCGGAAACGGAACUCAAAUCUAUGUGGAAAGAACUAAUUUAAUACUAAAUAGACACACACAUCGGAAAAUUAAAAACUCGGAUUUUUCGGCGCCGACGCCCAUUUCCGAUACAAAAAAAAUAGUAGUCUCCCUUGUUUCAUCGAAGUAUCUAAUAUUAACUUAUUAACUACAUUAUACUAAAGUAAAGGCACAUGACCGCCGUAACAAAGUGCGAGAGAUAUCUUGUCGGGCAGCCUUGCCACGUUUACUGCGAAUGAUUCAAACCUAUUAUUAAUUUUAAAAUCUAUUUCUCUACCAAGUAAUGCACUGAGUAUCUUGAAUGCAAAUAAUAGAAAAAAAACUUACGUGAAAGUGGCUUGUAAACAUUUUUGUUUAGUUUGUUAUUUGAGUUUUUGUACCAGUAAUCCAUAAAAUAAAUUAGGGUCCAGUGUGGAGUAGGCAACCAAUUAAAGUAAAAGAUUUUAUUUUAAAUUGUUUAAAUUGCUACAAAAUAUUUAAAAAUUUCUCAUGAAACUACUGUUGCUGAUGAACAUGAUAAUAUAAAUAUAGUAUAAAAUAUUUUUAAUUAAAAUGGGAAGAAAAAAAAACGAACUUAUCCCCGGUAUUGAUCCUCAAAUCAUAAUAACGUCAAGCGACCACUCUACCAGUAGACCACACAAGAUCUACCAAACCGCACUUCGUUCGGAAUAAUAAAAAAUACUAGCCGUCCGGCGGUCACGUGACAUGCUGCCAGACGUAUAUCUUGCGCACUAUUUGUCCGGCGUACUAAAUUGUUUAUUUUAAUAAGGCUAAGUUACUCUAAGACUAAGGCCUAAGCCUAAUAAUUACUAAUAAAUAAUACUAUUCUAUUAUUACUUGUUUAAGAUAGUUUUUUUUUUUAAAUUAAUGUCAUUUAAUCAUUUUAUAAUUAAUUAAAGACAUCAAAUAAACAAAUGAGAUUCAAAAUCAUCAUAGUAAUUUUUUUUUAAGGACAUAAUGACUAAUGAUAAUGGACAAAAAAAUUGUACAAAACACAGUUUACUUUUAGUUCAUAGUAUAGACAAAUAUUUAAUAUUUCUAAUAAAGUAAAAGUAACAGUCAUUAGUUUUACUAAGCAAAACACUUGAAUAAUGUUAAAAAGUAAUAAUAAAUUGUGUAGAUUCAGGAAAUCAUUAGAUGUCAUUUCUAGGUUUCUAAAUUUUGACACAAGAAAUUUAAAAAAAUAAAAUUUAUAUAUAAAGAACUCUUUGGAAUUUCUUCCAUCGACAAGGAGACACAUUUUUACAAUAUAUUGCAAGAAGUCUGAAGAGCAGUCUAGAUAGAAAAUGACAGACAGAACAUCCUCAUUACCUUUUAACCCUUACAGUACUCGGCGCGUCUUUUUGCAGUGACCUAAUUUUUUCCAUGUGACCCAAGCGCAUCUUUUUUCACCAGCCGAUCGUUUUCCCUGUGGCCCAAGUGCGUCUUAUUUGCCACAUAGAGGGGUAUCUAAUAAAAACAGAAACGAGGAUAUAACCUUUCACCCCAGUCUCGGGAAGAAUGUUUAUUCCUUAGGGGAAUAGUCAAAUUUUAAUUUGCCUUUUAAAUUAUGAAAAUCGACCAAUUAAUGAGUUUUUUUUUUACGGAUCUGUAUUUGUUGUUUCCAUGGCGCCACCUAAUCGCUAUUGUUGAUAGCGACUUACGCCCACUUGUUGAAACCUUUUGUUCUGAAAAUAUUAUUGAGCUUUAAUUGGGAUUAGAAGUGUUUUUUAAACACCCUUAUCCAUUUCUGAACAGAUAAUUCUCUACAUGUUAUUAUCAAUUGUUUAAAACAAAAAAGUUACAAAAUAAAUUAACAGUCCUAUCAAAUUUUGACUCGUUCCAAAAUAAUGUCUGGGCCACAGGGAAUAAUUAGCCAAUUAAUGGCCGGUACUGAGACAAUAAAAGCAAAAAGUAGGUCAGUACCGUAAGGGUUAAAAUUUAAUAGCGCUGUCAAUGGUAUGCUUGUAUUAGUCUUAUUAUCUUAUACUAUAAGUUAUCGGCUACAGGUGAGAUAAGCAGUUUUUAUUUAUAAUCUCAUGCAUAUGCAUUCAAUAUUAAAAAGCCUUUUCCUUACCUUUUAUAAAUAUAAGAAUUUAUUUAAAAUUUAACCAACACAUAAAAGUUUAUUGUAUUUAAUGAAUUAUUUUUUCCUUAAUAAAUAAUGCUUUUCCAAUUUUUCUGUUCACUUUUUUCUUAACAUACCCUCAAAUAAAAGUUUCCAAAAUACAAAGUAUUGAUGUUAUGUAAAAGUUUUGUUGUUCAUAAUGUUGUAUAUUGCAUUGAGAAUGUCUCCUGAAAAUUUGGUAGCUUAAUCUUUUAAUAUAAAAAAGUUGUGGGCAAAAUAAUGUAGAAAUUUGGAAAGUCAGUCACAAGUUUUCACAGUUAGCUUAGGAAAUAGUCAUUUAAUAUCUCUAUAUACAUCAAAAUAUUUGACAACUUGUGUUUCAUAAUGCAUUUUGAAGACAUUUAAACUAGAAUUUAAAAAUAUUAUUAACCAUCAGAAUUGACCGUGUGCAAAAAGUCAUGGGAAACCAUUCACAGCCAUUUGCAUAAUGCUAUGCCGUAGUACUACCCACUACCUCAAGUUUCAUUCAUAAGAGUUUGCCGUGUGCAAAAACUUUUAACACCAUUGGUCAGGGAAAGCUUUAGUUAAUUAGUCAUGUGCCAAAGUUGAAAGUUCAAAAUAAGUAGAUCCCAAACAACAUUUUAGGGGGUACGUUGCCUUAUAUAGACUAUAUACUAUAUAGCAUAUACUGGUAUAAUGGACGCUGAAGAAUUGGUAAACAGAAAAGCUAUAUAUUAAUACAUUAUAUUAAAUUUACUGAUAUAAAUAAUGCAUAGUUAGAUAAGCUACAAUUUAUCUAUAAUUGUUAACAUUAUUAAACUUAUUUUUUUAAUACAGCAUUAGUUCUGAAAAUAAAAUUAUCAUUAAAACAAGAGUUAUAUAGCCUGUGACGCGAACAGCGGAAUUGGGUCCCAGAAAAUGGAGAUGCAGUCCAUGUUAAAAAAUGACAAAUUAAGUCGCACUUAAAAAAUUCAUAACUUUAAAACUACAACAGCUAAAAAUAUGAUUUUGGUGUUAUAAUUUUUUAAAAAUUAGCUCUAUUCAACUAUGCCAUUGGUUUAUUUUUACAAAAAGUUUUAAUUUUCUAAUCAAAGUACCUUUUUUCUCCAGAGAAACUGUUGGUCAGAAAUGAUAUUAUAGCAUCAAAAUAUGAUGGAUUGCAUAUCACCUAGAAAUUCUCAGUGAAAUGCGAACGAUUUCAUAUUUACUGACCAUUGAAUUUCACAAAAUACUUGAACUUUAGGUAUUAACGACAAUCGCUCUAUGAUUUCUUGAACAAAAACUAAAUGUUAGCUUUGAUUGUACCAAUGGCAUUAUGCACAUGGAAGAUAUCCAGAUUUCAGAGCAGGGUGUGCUUGCCCUCCUCAAAACCAUUUGGUCCUAACAACAUUAAAUCAUGAGUGCUAAAAGAAUUGGCCAAAACAAUCGCUCCUGCACUGACAAUCCUCUUCCAAUCAUCGCUGUGCACAGGCAAUGUUCCAGCAGACUGGAAAACAGAGCAUGUGACUGCAAUCUACAAGAAACUGGAGCAUUCCAACCCUGCCAACUACCGUCUGGUAUCUCUCACCAGUGUGGUAUGCAAACUGUUGGAGCACAUAAUCUUAAGCACAGUCAUGAAGCAUCUUGAAAGCCACAAUAUACUAAUAACUUUCAACAUGGCUUCUGAGUUUGACCCAGCUCCUUGAAUUUGUAGAAGACUUGAGGACCAACCUGGAGAACAGCAAACAGACAUACUGGUGAUGGACUUUUCAAAGGCAUUUGACAGUGUAAAUCAUAGUUUGCUUUUACACAAACCUCAGAGAUAUGGAAUCCGAGGCACUGCUUGCUUUUACACAAACCUCAGAGAUAUGGAAUCCGAGGCACUACCAAUACAUGGAUCUCUAACUUCCUCAGCAACCAAUGCCAGGCAGUAUUGGUGGACAGUGCAAGCUCCUCCUUUGUCUGUGUUAAGUCAGGCGUCCCCCAGGGCUUAGUGCUAGGCCCCAGUUUGUUCCUAGCAUACAUCAAUGACCUACCUAAGAAACUGACAUCCCAAGUAAGACUGUUCGCAGAUGACACAGCGGUGUAAGGGCGAUUGCCAACAGUUCUGACCAGGACCAGCUACAACAAGAUUUCAGUCAGUUAGUCAAGUGCCAGAUGAGCUGGGACGUGGAAUUUCAUCCUGCCAAGUGCCAGACGCUGUCAGUCUCUAGAAGUGGUACUCCUCUACACCCCCAAUACGAACUGCAUGGCCAUAUACUUGAGUCAGUUUACUCCAUAAGGUACCUCUUUUUUACCAUUCAAAGAAAGGGUUGCUGGGACGAACAUAUUAACAAUGUGUGCAACCAGGUAAACAAGACCCUAGGGUUCUAAAGGGGAAAUCUGAAGACCGGCAACUCCAUUGUGAAAGAAAGAGCCUUUAAAGCCUUUUCCCGGCCACUUUUAGACUGCAUCUUCAGUCUGGGACCCAUUCACCAAGAAGAGCAACGACGGGCAGCACACUUUUUUCUGAACUGCUACAGGAAUACUUCUACUGUUGGCAACAUGCUAGAACCACUGGGCUGGUCACCAUUGGAGGAAAGAAGACAAUUAUUCAGGCUCUCCAUGAUGUACGAGAUAAAUAAUGGGCUGGUCCACUGCUCCAGCAUCAAACAGAUACUCGUCCCUCUCCCCCCUAGACAAGGCCAUGACAGGCAGUUCUGGCUCAUAACAGCAAGAACACAGAACAGGAACUGCUCAUUCCUGCCAAAGAAAAUCAAGGACUGGAACAAGCUUCCAAAAGGAAAAGUUGAGGCGACAACACUUGAUGCAUGAGGCGUUCCAAACCCCAGCUCCUGAUACCCUCGCUGAGUAGCCCUUGCAACCAGUGAAAUAUCCUCUUCAAUACCAGUACCAGGUACGGAGACAUUGCAAAUCGCUCUUCGUAAAUAGGAUCCAGAAACAUCAAUACAUUGAUCAUGGGCCCUUAAUAUAUAGAAGAAGAAGAGGCUGAAUUCAAAUCAUUAACUACCAAAUUUAGCAGAUGCACAGAGCAAGGAGCAAAAGCUGCCUUUGUAAAAAUCGUGCAUAUUUUAGCCUGAACCAUGUGUUCCUUUACUGCAAGUAUGGAACAGCUGUCAUUUCAUUGUCAAAGUAAUUCUGUCCUUUCCAGACCACAUUCAUUGUAGUGAUUCAUAAUGGCAUUUGGAAUUGCAUAUGCUGUCAUAAGCUUGAGUUGCUGGAAUCCUAUACAUUUUUCACAAUUUUUAAAUUCACUAUCUAAGUUGUCUACAAAACAUAUCACCAAUGACAAUUGUUAUGUUCCUAACAUAUCAGCCAUUUCAUCUGCUAAUAUUGAGAAUCCUACUCUUUUUUUACUGAUAUAAUAUUAAUUUUUUUUUUUUCUUUAACAAUUCCUCACACAUCUCUAUCAGUUGAUUUUUUGAUCCUGUGAAAAGUAUAACAAGCAUUACCAAUUUAUGCCUACAAAUAUGUCUCCAGAUCUUUGUCGCCAGCCUCCACUUUAAGCUGAAACAGAUCAUGAACAUUUCAACUGUCACUAAUUUUGUCACAAAGUGCGAUGUCCUGUGUUCCGCAAAAAAUUAUUGUGGAUAAUCUAGGCAUAUUUUUAUUUCAUAAACUUUUGAUUAAAAUUAGACUUGUCUGACUAAGGAUAUCUCUGUCUGAAUUCCUAAUGAUGAUUAAGAAUGCUGUUGCUCAAGAACGCAGUUGAAUCCUGCUAAGCAUCUCUGUGUCACUCAAUUUCCACAUGAUUAUCAGCACCUUGAGAAAGUCAUUGUACUUAGUGAAAGGUGUUGCUAUAAAUGCCAUUUGGUACCCACGAUGAAUUGGGUUGUGGGAAACAAUAUAAAAUAUAUGUACUGGAUCUUUAAGAUGACUAGAAUAGGCAAGUCAGUAAAACAAAAUUAUGAAAUUAUAAAGCUGAAAAAAAAUUUCAAAUAUUUACACGUCUCCAUCAUUAUAGGAUAUUUUAUAUUAAGUAAUUAAGGGAGUUUUCCCAUUCAUCUAUGGGGGGUCCCAACCCGUUUUAUUUACAUAUCUCAAAAACCAUUUAACUCAUAGAAAUAUAAGAAUGUACCGGUAUCUUAGAUAGCCGAGACAAAACUGAAAAGGACACAUUAAAGUCUUUAGGGGGUUUGCUACGGAAUUUUAACUUUUACCUGGGUUGUAGUCCCCAGGGUUUGUCAUUUUACAGCAGAAAAUCUGCUAGAAGAAAAGUAGUGGACCAUCUUGGUCUGUGCGUGACAUACAUGCUUUCUAGUCUGUUCGGGCGCGACUAUUUAGGGCUGGCACACUAAGGAGUUUAUUUUAUUCAAGGUUUUAACAGCAUUCCUGAAGUGUGUCAUUGUGCACUAGGGUGGUUCAUUGAGAUAUGACAAAAAGUGAAAUGUGUGCUAUAGAGCAAGACACCCUCCCAAGUUUUUACAUCUGCUAAUAGUAAUGUUUUGGUAAAGUUUUAGCUUUAAAUUCUAACUACAAGAGGGUGCUCAAGAGCAAUAUAAUAUCCAAAUUUUACGAAAUUCAAGCAAAAUGAAGCAAUACGCAUAUGUUGAAUGUUUUAAAAUUACAACCAGCAAUAGCUUUUUAAUAUCAACAGUUCAACACUCUUUUGCAAAUUAACCACUAAGCUUAAACAUAUGGUUAUUGGCAUUUGUCAUAAUUAAAAGGUCAAAUUAUGCUGUUCCAUCAAAAAACUUGAAAAUUUAACCAACUCAAAUUCAAGUCACAAAAGCGUGCAUUAUCAGUAAAUGUUAUUGUCCUUCUGACAUUAAGGCCUGAACAGCAGACUUUUUUUGGUGAUUUGUGUUGGAACAGCCUUGCGGUUUGCUUCCACUACUUGCAAUUUGCUUCCACUACUUGCAAUAAGAGUUGUUUUUCUUCUUCGUCGUUAGUAAGCAGUGUGUUCUAUUCUUCAAAAAGCUUCACCGCUCGCUCUGCAGUGUCGUUCACAACACGUAAUGAAUUAAAUCGUGUCUGGCCAUAUCGAUACUGUUCACUCUCAUGGUGGCAAAUCAAGAAAGGCGCUGUCAAUGUUAUGACAACAAAGAAGGUUCCCCAUUCUGGUAGUUGCAAAGUCACCUAAACAUACAUCAGGUUCAUUAGAAUUAAUGAAUCUCCACGCACUUUUCGUUUGCCAGCCUCAUGGGUCAUUCCCUGCACAAUUCCCAUCUUUGCAGCUCCUGUCACAUGAUCUGAGAACAGGGCUAAUCCAACAAGCUUGUCUGAAAGAUACCAGAGAUGAUUUUCUAGGAUCUUUCUUGCAUCUGUACUGAUGUCAGGAUCGAUGAUCUGGUAACUGCUGAGAUCAGUCCACAGCUGUAAAUCACUGGAUGGAGCUUCAGUUGCACGGGGAGCAGUUACCCAAUGCUUGGUAUAAAUUAGUGCACCAAACUUAACAAAGCGCUCAACUUGGGCUUCUUCUUUCUUUGUAAGCUUGAAUACAUCUGUUUGGUUGCGGAAGAGAUAUAUUUUCAUGGCAUAAAUUAAUUUUGCCAUCCAGCGAGCAUGAUGUACUGGUCCAAGAGCCCUCCAGUGGAUUGUACUCCGUGGAUGUCCCAAAACAAUCAGAGUCAACUCAAUAAGCUCCAUGUAAUCAUCUCUGACUUGUUCCUUUAGGUGCUCUUUGGUCAGGACUGCAAUGGUUACAUCUGAUAAACUGGAAGCUUCAGGUGUCACCUGGAAUUCUGAAAAUUCUGCCUGGUGAUGACACUCCAACAGCCUUUGAAUCGUUUAAAAAGUGGGAUAUCUGGGGAGUUUGAAGGUCCACAGCAGAUGGUAAAAACCUUUGACAAGAUGAUCUCCAUUACAUGAUGACGACAGGCUAACCAAUGAAGUUCACGACCUAGCCUGUUUUCAAGGCCAACACAUACUCCAUUUAUUCUGCCGGUAUUUACUGAGGUUGUGUCAAAGCACAUAGCCUGAACCUUCUCAACCAGCUGCCACUCCACCAACAAUUUGUGAACAGCAUUUGCUUCAUUCUCACCAGUUCCAGAGCUCACCUUUGGCACACCUAACAGUUUGUCCAUCCCAUCACCUGAAACUAAAACUGGUAGCCUGUCAACUGAGCCCUCCCCAAAUAUUGCCGGAAGUAUCUUUCCAUCCCAAUGGAUUACUAAUGGGCAAGUUGGCUCAAAAUUAUCUUUCAUUGCUUUAGAAAUUUCAUGCCUAGCACUUGACCGCCCUCGUUGAAUAGUGCUACGUGAAAUAGGAAGUGCAUUUGGAUCGUGACCAAGGGCUGCAGCAAUAGGAAUAAGUAGCCGAACAGCUUCACGAUCAGAUGUUUUAUUACGAUCAAAGACACUUGCUAAACUUGGAUUGAACAAUUGGUCUCGAGAGGUUUUCUUUACUUGAGUUAUCUUGUCUUGCUGUUUACCUGAUUUGCUAAUUUUGGUCGGUAUGUACUCAUCUUCACAUAAUUAAUAUAUUAAUAGCAUGGACUUAAAACAACCACCAUGAUUCCAUCUUCCAUUGUACUCUUCUUCCAUUCUUUUUUCUGAUUAAUUCGUCUUACCAAGUUCCAUACUCUAUAAAUUAUAAGUCAUAAUUCUCACCGCACUUAACUCCCUUAACUCAACUUUGCUCUGUGACAGUAAUACUAGACAGGAAGUUAUGACAUAGAACAGUUAAACAGCCAACCCUAAGUAAGUAAAAUAUAACACGAGGAACAUGAUACAGUAAGUAAAUAUACAAAAUGUAAAUUGUAUGAAAGUUCGGCAAUUUUUGAUGAAAUUUUAAAAAUCCAUGGUCUUUGAGCAACACCUUGCAGUAGGCACAAGAGGCUGAAACUCUGCCCUAAUUAAAGGUUUGCUAUACUAUAAGGAAAAAAGUUAGAGGGUGUCUUGCUCUGUAGAUGAAAGUUGAGUUUUUUGGGCCACCCUAUUGUGCACCGCUGCCGAUUUGGACGUUCUAUAUUGUCCUUUUUUUCUACGGGCUUUUUCUUAGGCUUUUCUUUAGAUUUUUCUUCAGCAUUUGUCUUUAGUGUUAAAAUAAAGGUCCACAAGACCUGAAUUUCUUUAGUGUAUGUUAGUAAAACUGUCAGCCUCGUUCAUCACCAAACACCCCACCUUGCUACAGUUUUUGGCGCUGUGAGCAGGGUUUUAAAAGUGUGUCACACACACUCCACUCUCCGUUAGCGACCAACAUCACACUACUACAGUCUGUUUUUUUUAUAGACAUCCUAAAAUUCUUACUGGCAUUUACAAACAAUUCAAAUUUUUAUGAACAUCCAUAUAUUUAUGAACUGGUGGGCCUGGGUUAAAUAUAGGCCCGGGCUAUAAAUGGGCCCUCAAAAUUAUUUACUAUUACUAGCAUUAGCAUCAUAAUACUAACAAAAUAGGUUAGCAUAUUUUAUUAAAAUUUGUAAGCUUAUAUUUGUCCAAGUCAUGAGCGACCUCCUGCGCGCCAUGGACGAUGGCAAACUCUCUAUUCUCAUUCUGUUAGAUCUCUCUGCUGCAUUUGAUACCAUUGACCACCAGAUUCUUCUUGACCGCCUUCAUCUUUCUUUCGGACUUACUGGCUCAGCUUUAAACUGGUUUCAAUCAUAUCUUUCUGACAGAACUCAAAAAGUCUCUAUUUCCAACCGCUCUUCCAAACCUUCAGCUCUGUCUAUUGGAGUUCCUCAAGGAUCGGUCCUUGGGCCUGUCCUUUUCAUCCUAUACAUUAAACCUCUAUCAUCUCUCAUUAGCCACCACUCAGUUUCCAGUCAAUCCUUUGCUGAUGACACUCAAAUCAGUGACUCUUGCUUUCCUGAUCAACUUGAUGCCACAAUCCUUCGCAUACAGGAGUGCGUGGACGAUGUAAAGCGUUGGAUGACUUGCAACAAACUGAAGCUAAAUGAUGAUAAAACGGAAAUCCUUCUCAUCCACUCUCAAAACAAACCUCUCCCUCCAUUCGCUCCUUCUUCUAUAUCUAUUGGCAACUCUGACAUCACACUCUCUCCCUCUGCCAGAAACCUUGGAGUCACGCUUACGGACACCCUCUCCAUGGACAAACAUGUCACGAAUAUAUGCAGAUCAGCAUAUAACGAAAUUAGAAAAAUCAGCACCAUUAGACACCUCCUCUCCUUUGAUGCCACAAAAACUCUCGUCUCUUCACUCAUUCUUUCAAAAUUUGACUACUGUAACACUCUUCUCGCAGGCAUUCCUCAACACCACAUAGACAAACUUCAGAAGGCACAGAACUCAGCAUGCAGACUCAUUUUUAAAUUAAAGAAACAUGACCACAUUCAACCACACAUGCGGCAACUCCACUGGCUUCCAAUAUCCUCUCGCAUCAAGUACAAGUCUGCCAAUCUUUGCUUCAACUCGUUCACUGACCCUCACUUUCCUGUCUAUCUCUCUGAACUGUUGCUUCCUUACAUCCCCACAAGACAACUACGCUCUUCCAUUGACAAUAGAACCCUCUCAAUCCCAAGAACCAAAACUAAGACCAUCGGUGAACGCUCCUUCUACUUCCAUGGGCCCACGUUCUGGAACCAGCUCCCCUUCCAUAUCCGUCAUUGUGAAACCUCGUCCACUUUUAAAAAGUCCCUUAAAACCCAUCUGUUUAGGUCCGCCUAUGACCUGUGAUGCACCCUCCUUGCCCUGCCUCAUUUUCUGUCUCGGGUUGAUCCUGUAGUAUAGGCCAAAACGUGCCAAAGUGUCCUCGUUUUAUAGCCAUUUUAAUUGUUUCUAUAGUAUAGUAGUUACUAUCCUAGUGUCUCAUUUUUAUUUUACUUAGUUUACAUGUUUUUAAUAAUUGUAAAGCGCUUAGAGCUUUAAGGUAAGCGCUAUAUAAAAAAAUGCCUAAAUAAAUAAAUAAAUAAAACUAUUUCAUUAAAAUUAACCUCUCUCCUAAUAUUAACCAGGCAAGUAUUUACAGAUGUGAAUUUUUUUUUAAUUUAAAGAGUCCUUCUGUCCUAAAAUAUUAAAACUUAACUGUACUAGAAAAAACAAAAAUAGUUCCAGUUAUCUCUUUUCAUUUACGAGGACUAGUUGUUCGUCUGUUGACUAGGACCAUCAAGUCAUCAGUUGACUGAUGACUUGCGCGAGUGACUUUUGUUUAAAUUGAGGAAGAGUUGCACUGCGUCAACCUCACUCUUUCAUCCGGGCCCACCAUAUCCAGUGGCAGGACUCUACGUCAAGACAACCAGGGAUGGUUACGGUUUCAGGAAUUGUCAUUGUAUGCGCCUUACGGGACUCCAACUCUGGGUUUGAAUUCAGAGUUUCCUUCUCAUAGAUGGGUUGCCAACCAAGGUUAACGAGUCUCAUCGGUCCAGUGUGAUGUUUUUGCUUGACUGGCCUUUGGCUGGAUUUGAACUACAGACCACCAACUUGAGGUUUGCUCAGUUUAGACCAUUCGGCCACCCAGUCACUCCAGUCAUAACUCACUGUAAUACUCAUUUUUCGGAAUAUGCUGAGAGCUUUUCCAUUAUAAGAAAUCAUGUGGUGUUCUUAAAAGAUAAAUAUAAUCUGGCUGUUGCGAGUAAUCUUUAAGCAUGCAUUUUUUUCUUCAAAUUCCUUAUUAAAAUUCAUUUUAAAUUUAUUAUAUUACUAAAUCAUUUUUGGAAAUGCUUGUUCAUCCUACUGACAAUCUGAUUUAAAAUUAAAGACUUCUCUGAACUUGAUCUGAAGGGGAGAUAACAUGAUUAUAUUUAAAAAGGCUAAAAUAUUAUAUUACCCUAGCACUAACAUAUAUAGGCCUAAUUAUUUACAUAUUUUGAUGUAGCCAUGGGGUGUAACUUAUUAUAAAACAUGGAGUUUUGCAUACACAUAUGCAUAUGCAGUACUGGUGCACACCAUUAGGCCUAUUUAGUAAUAUCAGGAUUUUUGUCCAAAAGGUGUUUGAGUGAAUUCACAAAAUAUUUUAAAAUUAUUAAUUUUCAUGUUUUCACUUUCAAAUUACAAUUUAAAUUUUAACAAUUAUUUAUAACUGUGGUUUGAUCUUCAGGAAUUUUAAUUGGAUCUAAUGAAAGUAUAAAAUACCCCUAGUAAAUAUGUGCUACGAAGGGGUGUGCUCAGGUUGGCACUUUUGGGUGGCAUGUAUUUUCAUUAUGCACUUGCCUUAUUCUAGUUCUUUCACCUGCAAAAAAAAUUAAAAAAUAUAGAAUUCUGAGUAAAUUUUUAAAGACUGGUUUUUUUUUUUCAAUAUUACACAUUGACCCCAUUCAUUUCCAGGAUGAAAUUUGAGAACUUAAAAGUAAAAAUAAGAAUGAUAGCUGGUGAUAUUUUAAUAAGGCCGUAUGGGGUUUCAAAAUAGCUGCAAUAAUUUUUAUAUUGUCACAAUAUCAAUAUUUUUUGUUUAGUCCACAUCUAUCAGAUGCUGAGAAUGCUUCAAUUUUUGGAAAGUGCAAUAACCCAUAUGGACAUGGUCAUAAUUAUAAAGGUACAUUAUGA